CUUAAACAAAAGUUGACAUUUUUGAUUCAACAACACAUUCCCUGACGUUCAACAAAACCGAACUGGGUUUCAUAGCUCUUGGGAGUAUUCUGAUUUUCGGAUCGAUCAAAAUGCAAGCACCUGUGAUUCUUUCAGAUCAAACUAUAAUCAGAGAUUGAAGGAGGGAUCUUUGGAAUUGUUGAUUGGUGAUAGGGGAUUAUGACUAUGAAUGGUUUAAACAGACCUAGACCUCGGUCAUUCUCAGGCAUGGAUUACCCAGAAAUGAAAAAGAAGAGAAAUUUUGCUGGAAAGAUUUCGUUGGCUGCCAUGUUAGCUGUUCUGUGUGUAUAUAUUCAGAAGAACUCGUCUCGUUUUACCACCUCAACCCCGGAUAAUCUCUCUCGGGGAAACUUUGGUGCUGUUAAGGUUCUUCAUGAGAAAUUCCCGAACCUGGAAGGCUGCAGUUCAUAUACGCAUAUUUGGGUCAUCCAAAAGCUGUAUCCUUAUUCUUCCAAUCUUAGAUUGCUUUUUGCUGAAAUAUAUGUGUAAAAUGAGAAUGUUGGAGUCUUUUACUUAAUAAUUCAUUCUGGUAAAUGAAAUCUUCCCGGAGAAUGCAUUUGAUGCAUUUCGCGGCCGUCCCCUAUGUGGGAGAAAGCACUCUUGAACCUCUUAGGUAUUAUCAUAACAUAACGUCGAACACCCUGGUAGUACUGGAGGCAAUGGCAGCACAUGGGGUGAAAACGUUAAUUUAUUCGAGUACAUGUGCAACAUACGGCGAGCCAUUGAAAAUGCCUAUUACAGAAGAUACUCCUCAGCUGUUGAUAAUGUAGAUUCCAAUUAAUCCAUAUGAUGAUGCCAAGAAGAUGGCCGAAGAUAUCAUACUAGACUUCUCAAAGAACUGGGACAUGGUUGUGAUGAUUUUAAGAAAUUUCAAUGCGAUUGGAUCUGAUCCGGAAGGACGGUUGAGGGAAGCUCCCAGACCUGAACUACGGGAGCAUGUUUGGAUUUCAGGGGCUUGUUUUGAUGCAGCCUUGGAAGUCAUAGCCGGGCUUAAGGUUAAAGGAACAGAUUAAAGCACAGCCGAUGGAACCUGUAUACGACCGAGCAAAGUUGGCAUUUAUAAUGUUGGCACAGGAAAAGGUCAAGGAUUUGUCUACUGGUUGUUCUAAAUGGAGGGGUACGUUGACAAUAGGAUCUCGGGCAACUGAUCGGGGUGUUUUAUCUUGUGAUAGUAGGUGCUGCAUUUAUAAUGAAACAACAGGUGAGAUAAUAGAGAUUUGCACAGUACCUAGUCCGGUUGAAGGUGGAGUGCGCCAGGAAGAAAUUAACGAAGACUUUGUUGUUGUUUUUUGUGGUCCUAUAUUUUUUGCUAGGAAAAUCCUCAAGGAGGUUGAUAAAAUGCUUAAAUGUAGAAGAAACUGUGAGCUAGUGGUGGAUUUUAACUAUUUGGACUUUGCUUUGAAGACCAAGUACAAUGAAAUGUUGGAAUCGGAGAACGCCUACUUAGUUCGUCGAGUCAAAACAAUACAGUUCAUCGUAGUUGAAGUGGACCAAGGUGAACUGAUAAUGAAAAUCUAUGGGUAUCUUGAGAGCUCAAAUGGUUUAGAUGAACUCGAUGUUGAGAAAUUUCAAUGUUCUGGAUCUGGUGGAGCAUUGGCGACACCUAUCAUUGAUAGCAAAUGGAACCCCGAAAGAUCUGCUGAGGAAAUGGUGGAUAUACAUCAGUCAGCUAUGUUGGCUGUAAAUGCAGAAAGGAAUGAUGUUGGAGGGAUUCACCGGGUGAUUGUGGUGAGGGUUAAUGACGAGGGGAGACUUGUUACUGAGAGUUCUGAUUUGGAAAUUGGACAGUUGUUUAGGGUUGAGUUGUGAGCUCACUGGGUAACUCUUGGAUUUACAGUAGGCAACAUGUGGAUUUACAGUAGGUAACUUUUAGAUGUUUGCUUCUGUAGUUAGAGAGCUGCUUUCUCUGAACUGUAUACUCUUUCAGUUGGGUUUUGAUGGCGAAACGGCUGUAUAGGGUUGACUUGUGAGCUCACUCGGUAACUUUGGAUUUACUGUUGGUAACUUUUAGAUUUUUGCUUCUGUAGUUAGAGAGCUGCUUUCUCUGGACCGUUUACUCUUUCAGUUGGGUUUUGAUGGCGAAACGGCUUUAUAGGGUUGAGUUGUGAGCUCACUCGGUAACUUUGGAUUUACUGUUGGUAACUUUUAGAUUUUUGCUUCUGUAGUUGGAGAGUUGCUUUCUUUGAACUGUUUACUCUUUCAGUUGGGUUUUAGUUUACCCUUUUCAUUACUCUUUAAUCAGUUCUCUCCAGUUGAUUUUGCCAUUGAACUUUAUUAUUAAAUUUUUUUAGUUGGUGUUCU